AUGGAGACCGACGCUGAAAAGAAUAUCGAGAUCUGGAAGGUCAAGAAAUUGAUCAAGGCGUUAGAAAUGGCCCGGGGGAACGGGACGUCGAUGAUCUCGUUGAUCAUCCCUCCUCGGGACCAAAUCUCGCUCAUGCAGAAGAAGUUGACUGAAGAAUACGGUACCGCAUCCAACAUUAAAUCGAGAGUUAACCGUCUUCUGGUAUUGGCCGCCAUCACCUCGACCCAACAGAAGUUGAAGUUGUACAACCUGGUGCCCAAGAACGGUUUGGUCAUCUACUGUGGUGAAGUGUUGACCGCGGAAGGUAAGGAAAAGAAAUUGAACAUUGACUUCGAACCGUUCAAGCCCAUCAACACCUCGUUGUACCUUUGUGACAACAAGUUCCACGUGGAAGCUCUUGCCGAGUUGUUGGAAAACGACGACCGGUUCGGGUUCAUCAUUAUGGACGGUAACGGGGCGUUGUUUGGUGCCGUGCUGGGUAACACCAGAGAAGUUUUGCAUAAGUUCACCGUCGACCUUCCCAAGAAGCACGGUCGUGGUGGUCAAUCGGCGGUUCGUUUCUCGCGUUUGCGUGAAGAAAAACGUCACAACUAUGUUCGUAAGGUCGCUGAAGUUGCGGUGCAAAACUUCAUCACCGCGGACAAGGUCAACGUCAAGGGUUUAAUUCUUGCGGGUCUGGCCGACUUCAAGAACGAAUUGGCCAAGUCCGAUCUCUUUGACCCUCGUUUGCAAGCUAAGGUGAUCAAGACCGUCGAUAUUUCCUACGGUGGUGAAAACGGGUUUAACCAGGCCAUUGAAUUGCUGGCCGAGACUCUUGCCAAUGUUAAGUUCGUGCAAGAAAAGAAGUUGUUGAACGAAUACUUUGACGAAAUCUCCCAGGACAGUGGUAAGUUCUGUUACGGUAUCGAAGACACCCUUAAGGCGUUGGACUUGGGUGCCUGUGAAACCGUCAUUGUCUACGAAAACUUGAACACCAUCCGUUACACCUUGAAGGACUGCGAAGGCAACGAAGUCGUUGUCAACGUCAACCCCGACUUGCCCGACAAGCUGUGGCAGAUGGACAAGGCCACCGGCACCGAGAUGGAAAUUGUCAAGGAGGAAACAUUCCUCGAAUGGUUGGCGGAAAACUACAAGAACUUCGGUACCACGCUCGAGUUUGUCACUGAUAGAUCCUCGGAAGGUGCCCAAUUCUGCCAAGGGUUUGGUGGUAUCGGUGCGUUGUUGAGAUACAAGGUCAACUUUGAGCAAUUGGUUGACGAACUGGAUGAGGAUGAGUACUUUGACGACUCUGACGACGACUUCAUCUAA